AUGAACAGAUUUGGUGGGCGUAGCAAUUACGGGAGUGGGAUCAGUAACAGCGGUAAUGUUAGUGGCAGUAGCCGAUCUCAAAUAGCUGAACUGUUCGUAAAGAGAGUACUGACGCAUUUAGACGAUACUGAUCCGUCGAAACUGAAUGAAUUCUUGAGUAUCUUUAAUCCAAAUGGAUGUAAAGUGGUUAUCAAUGCUACUCCAUUCGCACAACCAACUUCCUUUUUGGAGCAAUGGGAGACGGGCGUUACACAGACUCAACAUGCUUUGACCGCUGUAGACUACCAUGUGAUCCCUGGAUCUAAUACGGUUGUCUUUAACGUUAAUUGUAAAGUAAGAUUUGACGAAGGUGGAAGAGAUCGUGCUGGUCAGGAUGCAAGCAUACAACAAAACCCACAACAGCCUAGGAAUGCACUAAAUAGAACGAGGCCCUUAUGGGGUUCAUAUUUCGGAGUUUCUUUGCAGAUGGUCACAGAGGAAAGAGUUUUAAACAAGGAUUCCAACGGUGUGAUUCUUACUUUUAACUAUAACAUGGUUUACAAACCAGAUGAUUCCCUAAUGAAUAUCCAGUAA